CACUUGAUCACAAGUUACCUUCACAAAACUCAAAUAUAUUUCCGACGUACAUUUGAUCCCUUAUCAAUUUUCAUAUCAAAUUCAUUAUUAGCAAUGGAUGUAGUGACGAGGUUGGUGGCCGAGAAACCUGUUGUCAUCUUCAGCAAAAGCUCCUGUUCUUGCAUGAGCCACUCGAUCAAGUCUCUCAUAGGUGGCUUUGGGGCUAAUCCUGCAGUUUAUGAUGUGGGUGGGAUCCCAAAUGGACGGCAGAUUGAAAGGGCACUGUCAGAAAUGGGGUGUCAGCUACCGGCAGUGUUCAUAGGGCAAACUUUCAUUGGUGGUACAAGAGAGGUCAUGAGUCUCAACCUCAGGAGCGAGCUUGUCCCCUUGCUUAAAAGGGCUGGAGCUAUAUUUCUCUAAAGGCGGGCAAGGAAAUGAAGCGUAAUUAAUAUAUAUAUAUAUAUAUAUAUCGACCUGAAUAAGGGAUUUCCACUUUUUCCAAGAGGAAACGUGAAGUACUACUUUAUACUACUACUCGGGACGAGAGGUUACCGUUUUUUUUUAAUUUUUGUGUCGGUCAUUUCAAGUGCUAGCUUUUGGUCAUAUUAAUUAUUAAGUGUUAAACUCGUUUUUGUUCAAGUGAGUUCUGAGAAAUGUUUGA